AUGUCAGGCCAUAGCGCGCUGGAGCUGCUUCUGCCUGAGGUGCAACAGCAAAUCCUCUUACGAUUGGACUUUGUCGAUCUACAAGCCCUUAUCCAUGCAUCACCGCGUAUGUAUCAAGUAUUCAGACUCAACAAAAGGACUAUUCUCUCAACGGUGACACGUCAGCGGUUUGACCCUGCUACAACACGAGCCGCUCAAGCCAUCGAGAGAUUAUACUCCAUCGAACAACCACCAUUCUCACGAGACACUCUACUUCGCAUGUUCUCUACCUUGGAUGAACUAGACGAUUCUUUGGAUAUAGUCCUUCCGCUGCCCGUGUCGACAACAUUGGGCAGGCUUGAUGGAACGAUCAGGUUCUUCGCCGAUGAUUACACGCGGAAUACUUUUCCCAUCCUGGGGCAGCUAGGACAAUCAGGAUUUGUUACGAUCGAAACCGAGUACGAGCAAAAUCCCCAUGGGCCAAGAUCAGAUAUCUCAAGGAGCGAGUCGAAUCGUCUCCACCGAGCCUUCAGCCAAUUCGAGACCUACAGACAGUUCUUUAGCCAAUGUUCUUCGGACUUCAACCACGGUCCCCGACAGUGCUUUGGUGAACCAUCUCUGACCGUUUAUGAACAAGCGAAAAUGUUUUGUCAAGACAUGCCAGCUUACCAAGCUGCCGAGAUCGCCUGUGUUAGAGACUACCUGUAUCGCCGUUUGCGAGGUGUACAUGAUCAGGUGGAAGAUGAGGUUGUACAGAAACUGCAGGCCGGAUGUCCUGACCCCAGAGACAAGUACGAGGGACUCGACUGGGACUGGGAUAAUGGGGGGCGCCAUCAAUAUCUGGCAGACGACGAGCAUAUCUUUGGCUACAGCGGUAAAUACAUGCAGAACUCUCACAUUGAAUACCUUCUAUCACUUGGACUACCUUACAUCCGUAGAAUUCUGGAAUCGACUGGCGAUAAGCGUCAAGACCUGCUGCUUCACACUGAAUCCCGCUGUUAUGCCCAUCACCAGACAAAUUUUAUCACAGCAGCUCUCGGUCUUGACCCUUUGGACAGCAAUGACGAUCAGUACGGUUGGUACGAAAGAGAUAUAGAUUCCUGCUUAGACGAGAACGGCAAGCUGGAUCUUCCUCCUGGCUGGCUAUGGGCACAUACCGGAGACUAUUACCAUGGGCUUGUGGACGUGACUGCCAAAGGCCUGAGGGACUGGGGCUAUGUCUUCUGGGAUCUAGAAAGGCUUCAGAAGACCGGUAUUCUAGACCUGGAGUAA